GGUGAGCCCGAGCUUCAGGAUUCCAUCUUUAUGAAGGUGAUGGUGGAUGGUUUGCAGAUGGGAUUGGUCAUGAGCUGUUUGUUGGCUGUGAACAGCUAGCUGGGGGACACUGGCUAAUUCGGAGACAUUGGCAUAGUGACCUAAAUAGGAAGUAUCAGUAAAUGGAGAGACGUCUUAAGAAUGGAUAGAACAGUCCAAAAAAGAGCAAAUUCAAUCGACUUACGACGGUAGUUGAGUCUUUUGCAGGCUGCCAUGCCGGCAACGAGGCAUCUGCGGUGGGAAAACAUGGCCAUUGUGAUAGAAAGAGAGGAAAGAAAGAAGAGGAUGAAUCCAAAGUAUGAGGAUGAUCCAUCAGCCGGGAGACACAUCGUGAACCCUUUAUAGUCAUGACUCAAGACUUGGAAGGCAUCGUGAACAACAAGCCAAGAAUCUUAACUCAUCCUGUAGGACACAACGGAGGCUAUAGGCGUCGACUGUCGCCCAACCAGCGUCCGCCUGGCCUCCUAUCAAGGAUUUGCUUGGCUAUUCGCAAGAGGUCAUCACCCGUGGCUAUCCAUAAUCAUGCAGAUAUCCAUCCUCAACCUUCGCCUUCCAGGGACCCUUUUCAACAUUGGCUUGCCUCACCGUCUUUAUGGACCAGUGCCAAUCAGUUCCCCCCCUUUACGUCUUUCGGACCGGUCCCCCUUCCAACGCGGCCCGAGAGUCCUUCCAUCUCAGGCAAGGGGAUUCCAGGCCUGAGGUCCACGGGAUCGGGAGAUCUCCCUGCAGGGAUUGCGCGUUACACAGACAAGGUAUAUUCCGCCAGACAGGUCAGAUUCUCUGGUCCAGAGUGGAGUCCCUGGUCACGGCUUGGCGAGAAGGGGACGACUCGUAACGGCCCAGCCGACGUAGGACGGCCAGGGAGGGGCGAAUGAGGCAUACCCAACACCCUGGUUAAUCCUGCAGCAGAAAAGUCGGGAAUGGGUCUCGUGAAUCUUCGAUAGUACGGAGUAAACUUUGGGCGGACGGCGGUGGAGCCAAU